UAAAAUUAAAGUGCAUGUUUAUAUAUUAUGCUUAAAAUAACUGCGGCAGAGUUUGAGUUUCAUAUAAAUACCUUCCCUCCUCUUCUCCAGAAAGUUCACCAUCUGAUAUAUCCUUUCUCUGGAUCUCAGCUUUCUCUAUCUCUAUAGAUUCGACAAAUUUUAGUUGUUCUUCAGUAUAUCUCUCUCUCUCUUUAGCUACUGCUGAUUCAUUCAAACAUCGAAGAACUUUCCAGAAGCUCAAUACAAGGAAGCUAACAUAUCAGUCUAUGGAUUUGACAUUGCUGAGAAAAUCCGUUAUCAUGCAGAAAUAGAGAAUCAAUCAAAAUGAGCAAAACUUUUGAACUUUCUGAUGAUUUUGUGUUUACUGUGUGAGAAGAACAGUAACGGACAGAGUGAGAUUCGAAGAAAAUCGAUCCAGUUUCUGCAUACACACACAGAAAUCAAUCCUAAUUAGCUUAACUUUUGAAUUUUCCUGAUGAUUGUGUUUAGUGUAAGAAGAGGAGUAACGGACAGAAUGAGAUUCGAAGAAAUUCGAUUCAGUUUCUGCAUAUGCAACAGAUAAAUCAAUCUAAACUAGCAGAACUUUCGAAUUUUCUACAGUGAGAUUCGCAGAAAUUCGAUUCAGUUUAUGCGCACACACUCAUAGAAAUCAAUCCAAAUUAGCUAAACUUUCGAUUUUUUUCUGAUGAUUUUGUGUUUACUGCGUGAAGAAGAAGAGUAACGGACAGUCACAUAGAGUGAGAGAUCUGUGAAUUUUACAGUGCGUUUGUGAAGAUGUCGAUGAAGAGAGAAUUAGGAGAAGAGAGGAAUGGAAGAGAUUCACCAAAAGAGUAUAAGAUGAAUGAUUUGAGAGAUAGUAUGAAAUCGUUGAGAAGUACCAGUAGAUUAGCGAUGAUGGAGAACGAGCUAAUAGCUGAUUCAACUCCUUCGAGAUUUAGCAGAGAAAACGUCAUCAAUGGCCUCAGAGGCCUUUCUCAAGAUUUCGUCAUUUAUCCCGAUGACAGGUGGUACAAGCUAUGGGAUAAGUUUAUCCUGAUUUGGGCAAUAUAUUCAACUUUUUUUACACCAAUGGAGUUUGCAUUCUUUAAAGGAUUGCCCAGGAAACUAUUUCUUUUAGACAUUUGUGGUCAAAUAGCUUUUCUUGUCGACAUAGUCAUACAAUUUUUUGUAGCCUACAGAGAUAGUCAGACAUACAAGAUGGUGUAUAGGCGAACCCCUAUUGCUCUUCGGUACUUGAAAUCUCAUUUUAUCUUGGAUGUUCUCAGUUGCAUGCCGUGGGAUAACAUUUUUAAGGCUUCUGGAAGAAUUGAAGGAGUGAGAUACCUUUUAUGGAUUAGGUUAAGCAGGGUGCGCAGGGUUACUGACUUUUUCCAGAAGAUGGAGAAAGAUAUUCGAAUCAAUUAUCUCUUCACUAGGAUUAUAAAGCUUAUCACUGUUGAACUUUAUUGCACGCAUACAGCAGCUUGCAUCUUUUACUUUUUGGCAACUACUCUGCCUGCAGAGAAAGAAGGCUACACAUGGAUUGGUAGUUUGACCCUGGGAGAUUACAGUUAUUCAAACUUUAGAGAGAUUGAUCUCUGGAGGCGGUACAUCACUUCUCUGUACUUUGCAAUUGUCACUAUGGCAACUGUGGGUUAUGGUGACAUACAUGCAGUCAAUCUGAGGGAAAUGAUAUUUGUGAUGGUUUAUGUUUCUUUUGAUAUGAUUCUUGGUGCUUACUUGAUCGGUAACAUGACAGCACUGAUUGUCAAGGGAUCAAAAACUGUGCGAUACAGGGACAAAAUGACAGAUCUUAUGAACUAUAUGAACAGAAAUAGACUCGGAAGGGAUAUUCGUAGUCAAAUUAAAGAUCACUUGCGAUUACAAUAUGAAAGCGCUUACACUGAUGGAGCCGUUCUCCAUGACCUUCCCAUCUCAAUUCGUGCCAAGAUAUCCCAGACUUUAUAUCAGUCUUGCAUUGAAAAUAUUCCUCUUUUUAGGGAGUGCUCCGCAGAAUUCAUAAGUCAAAUUGUAACUCGAGUGCAUGAAGAAUUUUUCCUCCCAGGAGAAGUGAUCAUGGAACAGGGGCAUGUAGUGGACCAACUUUAUUUUGUCUGUGAUGGUGUCCUGGUAGAAGUUGGUAUAGGAGAAGAUGGGUCACAAGAGACAGUAGCACAUCUUGAGCCUAAUAGCUCGUUCGGAGAAAUAUCCAUUCUUUGCAACAUUCCACAACCAUAUACUGUCCGUGUUUGUGAACUAUGCAGACUCAUACGGAUUGAUAAGCAGUCAUUUUCAAAUAUUUUGGAGAUCUAUUUUCACGAUGGAAGAAGAAUCUUGGCGAACUUACUAGAGGGAAAGGAUCUUCGUGUGAAGCAACUGGAGUCAGAUAUAACAUUCCAUAUUGGGAAACAAGAGGCUGAUCUUGCUUUGAAAGUUAAUAGUGCAGCUUAUCAUGGUGACUUACACCAGCUGAAGAGUCUUAUUCGAGCUGGAGCUGAUCCCAACAAGAAAGAUUAUGAUGGAAGAUCACCUCUGCAUCUUUCAGCAUCCAGAGGAUAUGAAGACAUCUCUUUUUUCCUUGUCAAAGAAGGUAUCGAUCUCAAUGCUUCAGACAACUUUGGAAACACACCGCUCUUUGAAGCUAUCAAGAAUGGACACGAUCGUGUUGCUUCAUUACUUGUUAAGGAAGGUGCCUUCUUGAAGAUUGAAAAUGCUGGUAGCUUCUUGUGUACGUUGGUUACAAAAGGGGAUUCAGAUCUACUACGAAGGCUGUUGUCCAAUGGUAUUGAUGCAAACUCCAAAGAUUAUGAUCACCGAACACCGCUCCAUGUAGCGGCUUCUCAAGGAUUGCUUGCGAUGGCGAGAUUGCUUCUGGGAGCUGGUGCUUCAGUUUUUUCAAUGGACAGAUGGGGAAAUACUCCAUUUGAUGAAGCUAGACUAAGUGGAAACAAUCAGUUGAUCAAGCUUCUGGAAGACGCAAAAUCAGCUCAAACAUCAGAAUUCCCCAGUGUUUCGCAUGAGAUUUCAGAAAAAAAGCACCCACGGAAGUGUACUGUAUUCCCUGUCCACCCAUGGGAGCCCAAGGACCUCAGGAAACAUGGUGUUGUACUAUGGGUACCUACGAGUAUGGAAGAGCUCGUUACUGCAGCUUCAGAACAACUCAACUUCCCAUCAGGCUCUUGUAUUUUAUCAGAAGAUGCAGGUAAAAUUCUUGAUAUAGAUAUGAUAUCUGAUGGUCAGAAGUUGUACUUGAUCAGUGAAACAACUUGAGAAUACCCCAUCUAUACAUAGUUACCCCGUUCAGCUUUGGGGUUUGUAUAUUUUGUCAACCUAGUUGAAGAUGAAAUAGAAUAGCUACUCACUUCUGCUGAGUGAUGAUAUCGCAAAUAAGAAAUCUUCCCACUGUAGCAAUUUAUGUUUCUCGACUCGAGUGUUGUUUGUAGUGAUUUGGUACUUGUACCUUGCAAUAUCAAUUUCUGUUGUUGUAACCUGAAGUCUUAAUUUUACUGUAGAAGGCAGUUUUUGCGGCAGGAUCUGCCGUUACUGCAGUAUUUUAAUAUAGUUUUCAAAAUCUUGAGCUGA